AUGGAUUUCAAGUUCAACGUAAAUAGACUAUUACCGAGAAAGAUCAACAAGGUCACUCAUACACUAAUACCUGAAGAUUUUCGUGGUGAUCGACGAGAAUAUAAUGAGUCGCAAAGACAGAUCUCAAGGAUUUUGGAUGAUAUGGGUGAAGCAUCGGCGAUGGCUCAAGGCUUGAGCAAACCGAUUACAAGUGCUCUCAAAUUGCGCGAUACCGAUCACAUUGUCUAUCUCUUGGUAGAUAGCGCAGGAAACGAGGGCCUUGGAAGCGUCGUGGGAUUGCUCAAGACCGGAUCGAAAAACCUUUUCAUGUUCGACGAAGCCGGUGCGUACUUCCAGUUGCAGCCACGUUGUAUUCUUGAUUUUUAUGUUCAUGAGUCUAAACAGCGCAUGGGAUUUGGAAAAGACCUCUAUGAAUUCAUGCUGGUUGAAGAAAGAAUUCGGCCAGUUAAAUUAGCAAUCGACAGACCCUCGGAUAAAUUUUUGCGUUUUCUCCGGCGCCAUUACGAUCUCGAAGAAGUUAUUCCUCAGAACAAUAAAUUCGUCGUUUUCCGGGGAUUUUUUGAUACUGAAAAUCAGGAGGUUGGUAGCACGAGGUAUAGCUUACCUUCGAGAGGCUCCGUCGAUUAUUCGUAUAACAACAACAAUAACAAUAACAGCAAGCCUCCGUCUGCUUCAAGUAAUGGCCACUCGAUGAAUCAUUCAAAUUCAGCGCAUUCAGGAGCACCGAGAAGCUCUUACGGACGUUUUGCAGCUGCGAGGCCUCCUUGCUCAAUGGCUAAUAUAAUACAUAAUGUCCCAGUGUUUGGCCACGCAGCCGAACGUACCGGUGAUGUCCCGUCAACACCAGGACCAAAAUUGGAACGUCCACGUUCAUUAAGUCUCUACUCAGAACUAGAACAAAAGCAACGCAACCACGAAAUGACGACUGUACCAACACCAGCCGCAGAACCGCAUUGUACGCCAUUUGUUCGUGAAGUUCCAAUUGAUCACCCGCCAGCGCCACAAAGAGACAGAGAAACUUACGUUCCAGUGCGUCAUCACUAUGAAUCCGAGCAAUUAGAACCUCCAACACCUCAAACAACACCCAACAGACGCCUGAUGUCUCAAAGAAUGACCUCAGAUGAACGUUCUAUCAAUCACUUAUCAUCAAAUGAGCGCCCUAUGACCCAAGGGUCGUCUGAUGAAGCUCCAAUGAACCAAACAUCCAACGAACGUCCAGGAACUCAAUCAUCGAGCCAUGAGUCGCUGCCCAGAGAACGUCCAAUGAGCCAUUCAGGAUCUAACACACGUCCUAUCUCAAAAUCGCGGUCUACUGACCGAUCUAUGACUCAAUCAGCAGCUCCAAGUGGCCGUCAAACUCCUCAGCCCAAGAAAAACUCAACUCAGAAUUUCAUGUCCAUUCAUUCUGAAGAAAAAUCACCAGCGGGUAUCAAGACGACGCCAUCUUGUGCUUCGGAAGUCAACGGGAAUCAAAAUGGCCACUUGGAUCUUAAAUUCUAUCACUCGCCUCUUUGGUAG